UAAGCUCCAAGCACCCGACAACUUCUUCAGACUUCCAACGAGAAGACCAGCACCAGGCCAGCUUCUUGACGUUCUGUGUGUGAGAGAGAAGACAAGAUAUCAGUGUCAUCAUGUCUGGAAACGCCUUCUUCGUUCUUGUCGUGGCCCUGAUGGUCGCAAGUGUCCAGGAAGGUGAAGCCCGUGGUACCUACAGUCUGCAGUACUACCAGCCCGAUGCUGCGCAGUACGUACAGUACGUACCUCAGGCUUACGCCGAGCCGGCCCAACAGGUCCAGUACUACUCAGCCCCGACGUGCUACUGCUAUGGCCACUCCUACCAGUGUGCUGCCCAGGGCGUCUGCGCGAACUGCCAGCACAACACCAUCGGCAACAUGUGCCAGUACUGCAGGCCCGGGUACACCGGCAUGGCCACCCGCGGCACCGCCUACGACUGCCAGCCCUACGUGCAGUACUACUACCAGCCGCAAGCCGCCGCUCUUGAGGCACCGCUGCACGUGAAGCAGGCCGCCGCCUACGUGCAGGCCGCGCCCAUGCACGUGAAGCAGGCUGCAGCUGUGGUCCAGGCGGCACCCAUGCACGUGAAGGAUGCUGCACCUGCUUACGUGGCACCUGCAGCUGCCUACGUGGCACAGUCCUUUAAGCAGCCGGAAUAAGUAAU